AUUAUUUUCAAAAUAUGAUUACACUUGGAACUGAUGAUAGUUUAAAUUCAAGAACGGCUAAUACGAUUGUUAAUUAUUCAGAAUUUAGUUACCACCCCAUACCUCAUUUAACACAGGAUAGGAAUUGGGACUGUGGGUUAGCUUGUGUGGUCAUGACGUUAAGAGGACUCGGUUUUAAUUGCACAUUAGAAGAAAUGUCUAAACAAUGUCCAGUGGAUAGUAUUUGGACUAUUGACUUGGCUUUCUUACUUCGUAAUUACGUUCAUGAUUUCACAUAUUAUACAAGUUAUUUGGGUAGUAGAAAAGAAUAUCAAGAUCAAAAGUUUUAUCAGGAUAAUUUUGAUGAAGAUGAAAAGAGAGUAAAUCGAUUAUUUGCAAUAGCCAAGAGUUGUUCAGUACAUGUUGUUAGAAUGAUGUUACCUUUGGACGACUUUAAACGAUUUCUAUACUGUAAAAAGUUUGCUAUUAUCACUCUAGUAAAUGCUCGUUUAUUAAAAUGUCAAUUAUGUCGAAAACAUCAUGGAUGCUUAGGAAGUAUGUGUGGUCAGUUAGAUUUAUUAUUAGAAAGAUUUAAAGGCAAUAAUUAUUUAGGCCAUUUCAUCGUUUUAAUUGGAUAUGAUCCAACAGAAGAUUUAUUUAUUUAUCGUGAUCCAGCAACAAAUGAUGAGUUCUGUACCAUAUCAGCUGAUGAUUUAGAUGAAGCAAGGCAAGCAGAGGGAACAGAUCAUGACUGUAUUGUUGUCAAAUUAUCAUAAGAUAAUACCAAUUUAUAUCAUCUAUAUAUCCCCAAAUAUAUAUUAUCGAUUCCUCUUUUCCCUUCUUUCACACUCACAUAUUCAUAUACACACACUCAUGCUUACAUAUACAAUUUAUUAUGUAUCUUACUUGUAAAGUAAAUACAAAAUAUAUAUACCUAUUCUAUCCAAUUAUACAAUCCUAUAAUUCAUACUACGUAGGUGGGAAAAAAAAAAGAUACAUGAAUAUACUCAGACAACAAGCUUAAAAAUAGAGUGUAUUUUCUUGAACAUAGAUACAGGCAAUUUACUAAUUAUUGUUAACUAUUUUUAACUAUUAUAAAGCACACUUUUUUUUUUUUUUUUUUUUUUU